CCUUCCCCGGAAGUGACGCAAAGACCCGCCCCCAGGAAGUGACGGAAGAAGUCCCCUUGACCGGUGGGUAGGGCCGAGCUCUGCAUCCCUCCACUCUCGCUGCAGGGAGAUGGCUCAGCGACUUCUCCUGAGGAGGUUCCUGGCCUCGGUAAUCUCCAGGAAGCCUUCUCAGGGUCAGUGGGCCCCCCUCACCUCCAGGGCCCUGCAGACCCCACAGCACAGUCCUAGUAACCUGACAGUAACACCCAGCCAAGCCCGGUCAAUAAACACCACAAGAGUCUGUACAACAACCUUUAACAUCCAGGAUGGACCUGACUUUCAAGACCGAGUUGUCAACAGUGAGACGCCAGUGGUUGUGGAUUUCCAUGCACAGUGGUGUGGUCCCUGCAAGAUCCUGGGGCCAAGGCUAGAGAAGGCGGUGGCCAAGCAGCAUGGGAAGGUGGUGAUGGCCAAGGUGGAUAUUGACGACCACACGGACCUCGCCAUCGAGUAUGAGGUGUCAGCGGUGCCCACCGUGCUGGCCAUCAAGAAUGGGGACGUGGUGGACAAGUUUGUGGGCAUCAAGGAUGAAGACCAGCUAGAGGCCUUCCUAAAGAAGCUGAUUGGCUGACAAGCAGGGAAGCAUCCUGACUGCCCUUGACCGCCUGGGCCCCAUGGUCCUGGGGGGACCCCGAUAGAACUCACAGCCCUUCUGUGCCAUCCCUUUCUGCCUCCUCCCUUCUGUCUGGCCCCAUGGGCCUGUGCUUUGGAGACCAGGCCACCAAACAUGGGAGCCACACGUGCUCCCAACCCAGCUGACUGCGAGGGUGGCUGCCCGAGGAGUGGUUCUGCUGCUGAGCUGGGACAGCCGUCUUCCCACCCGCUCUCUUUGCUCCUCCUAGGGCUUGUCACCCAUCUCCCAGGAUGCUUGGACAGAACCCUGGGGCCAGCCCGCGGUGACAGCUUAGUCCUUGUCCCCCGGUCCCUUGUAAUCUGAACCCCGGUGCCUGGCUCAUCUGCCUCCUACAUCUUUCUUUCCUGCUGCUGUUUUGUAAAAAGAAAAAGAAGGAAAAAAGAAACCCAAACAAGUGAGAGUAAUAUGUAAUUCUCUCAUUUUUUGUAGGUCUGUAAUAAAGAACUUUAUGUGAUCCCUUCUACCUCCCGUGGUGAAGAACAGACCCUGGGCCCUGCACCUAAUUACCCUGUAUCCACCUUCACCCCCCCACCCCGCAAAGAGCCACGUCCCCCUUUCCUCCCAGGCACAAGGGCAGCAGACAUGUUUUGGGCUGGGGGCAUCCUCACACCCUUGACUCUGGAAGGCCCAAGACCCUACCCUCCCUCACCUUUAGCUGGCCCUUUGGUUCUCUGAGCAGGAGGCUUCACUGUGAAAAAAACUGGACCAAUAAAACUAGGGCUUGUGCUGUGGA